AUGCAGUACCUGUCCAGGAUCCCAGCUGGAAGAAAGCAACAAGCAAAGCAGGAAACAGAUGAUAAAGGCUACUCUGCAACCAAAAAUGAUGGACCUGGGAAUUCUGAAAACAUUUCUGACAGCCUACAGAAAAUUUGUCUUAAAACACAAAGAAGGCAGGAAUCUCUAGGAACAGAAGGUUAUAUUAGUGAUGAAGAUGAAGAUGUAGUCCAAAGACUGACCACGCUGCCCCAAGGACUAGCAGUUAUCAAUGAAGAGGAGUUGAGUCAACUGGCACUGAUCAAGCCAUCACAGUCAAAAGGUGGCCUACGACGUAAUGCCUGUAACCUAAUCCAGAAGAUUCAAAGACAAAUUGAAGAGCAAGAGAUCCUGAAGGAGUUUUUGAGUUUAGAACAUCUGAAGCCACUGGAUGACUGCCAGGUUGCCAAAGCACCAGAAAACCGGGAAAAGAACAGAUACCGAGAUAUUCUCCCAUAUGAUGCCACCCGUGUCCCCAUCGGAGAGAUGAAGGACUAUAUCAAUGCCAGUUACAUUCAUAUGCCAGUGGGCACAGAAGAGCUCUUUUACAUCUCCACCCAGGGUCCUCUGCUUUCUACCACAAAUGACUUCUGGCAAAUGGUCUGGGAAAAUCACUCCAAUGUCAUUGCUAUGAUUACAAGAGAAAAAGAACGUGGCGUAUCCAAAUGCCAUCAAUACUGGCCUGACCCUCCUCACAAUUCUUUGGAUUUACUUCGCUUUCGGCUGCGACUACUCAACUACCAAUUCCUGGAUUAUUUUGUCAUUAGAAUAAUAGAAGUGGUGAACAAACGGACAGAGGAAAGACGCAUUGUGCAGCACCUCCAAUUUACAAACUGGCCAGACCACAGUACUCCCAAAUCAUUAUACCAUCUAGUCAAAUUUGUUCGCUACAUGAGAAAAAUCCACCAGUCAGGGCCAGUCAUUGCACACUGCAGUGCUGGGAUUGGAAGAAGUGGAGUACUCCUUUGUGUGGAUAUCGUGUUGACUUACAUAGAAAAGGAUUUGUGU